UGUAAGACCACAAUAUGAGGAAAGUUAUGCUUUAAAAAACCCAGGAUGUAAUGCCCUGACUCAUAGCUAGAGUAGCUGUGUUAGAGACAUUUAAUAGAUUUCUUCUGCUUUUCAGGUAGUAAAACUUUUAAAAUAACAGCCUUCCCUUAUUGAGAAUUUCUCAAGUAAAUUCUCACAAUUAAAAAAUAAAUAAAUUGGGAUUGGAAUAUAAAAUGAAUGGCCACUGCCUCUAUCUGGUUAUAGUGUGCCUUGUUUCAGUUUUAAUAGAUUUUUCUGCUGCUAUUCAUUUAGGAAUAUCUGCAAGAGACAGCAAUUCUUGCUUCUGGAUAAACUCUAUCUCAAAUGGACAGACACAUUACAUGUUUCUUCAUCAGACUACAGUGGGCAAAGAGCGAUCUUUUGUCUUAUUUGACAGCAUCUGGAGCAAGGAAAAUAGCCUGGUGGACUGUAUUGCAAGCAGCAACCGUGCUGUUAUUAAAAGUUUUUCAUCAAAAUGCUGGAAUGCAUCAGACAAACCAGAUGGACACUUCAACAUCAGUAUGCUGGUUGAACCUGAUGGCCCCUGUGUAGCUGUGGGACAAUCGCCAGAACUGAGAAAGCCUGUGCGGAGGACCAGAGACCUUCAAAGUAUGGACCGCAAUAUAAUUAAUCGUAACAAUGGAGAAAGUUUCCAAAAGCUGAAGCGUUCAAAGCGAGCAUGGUUGGUUCCAGGCACUCUGUGGUGUGGCUCUGGAAACAAAGCAUCUAAUUUUUCAGACUUAGGUUUAUUUGAGGAGACUGAUAAGUGCUGCAGGGAACACGACCACUGUGAACAAACCAUUGCUUCCUUUGGAUUUGGCUAUGGGGUUUUCAACACUAACUUCUUCACUUUAUCACACUGUGACUGUGACAGCAAAUUUCGCCGCUGCCUUCAUAAUGUCAAUGAUAGAAUGUCUAAUAUGGUGGGUUACGGCUAUUUCAACCUUCUCAAGAUGCAGUGCUUUGAAUUUUCACAGAGAAUUGAGUGUUCUGAAAGGACCUGGUGGGGCAUGUGUAAACAUACUCAGAUGUCUACAUAUGCCCUUUUAAAGGAGGCAACAGAUUACAAUUCCACAUCAGAAGAAGUAAAUGAUAAACUGGAUUUAAGCAUUCAUCACACAGUCUCAUUUGGAGAUCUCACAGUUACUAAUGACUUGGUAAUGCCAUCUGAUAUCGUCACUAAAGAAGCCAAUGAAAAGCAUUCAUCGGUGUCUGUGCCCGAAAGGAUAUCUGUUACAGUUAAUAAAUUUCAGGAGUCUGGGGCUCUUGAAAAAACAAUAGACUCGACAAAAACACAAACAACAGACACACAGCGUGUAAAAACAACAGACUUACCACAAACACAAACAACAGACUCACCAGAAUCAGAAACAACAGACUCAGUACAUACACAAACAGAUUCACCAAUGACACAAACAACAGAAGCCCCAAAAACGGACCCAACAGACUCAUCAAUAAAAGCAACAACUGACUCAUUAAGGACAGACUCACCAGAUUCAACAAUAUCAACAAUAACAGAAUCAGCAGAGAUACCACAGAUAAGGAUAACAGACUCUUCAAAACCACAAACAGACUCACCAAAGAUGGAAACAAAUUUUUCAAAAACACUGGCAUCAGGUUCAACAAAUUUACACAUCCACCCUGAGAUUUACACCAGGCAAAAAGAGAAACUGGACCUCUGUGAGAGUUAUAAAGACUUGGACACCUGUAGUUAUCAGAUACCUCCACUGAGGGAGAAAUUUGGCCUACACAAUGCUGAACAUGCCACCUUGUACCACUGCAACUGUACAGCCAGACUUGCCAGAGUGCUUGCUGAAGAGGAUGAAGUUGACAAGGUUCAUUUCUGGCUUCUGGACUUUGUGUCCCAAUCCUGUUUCUUUCUCCCUCAGGACUGCACUGGGAGUGAAAGUUGCUCCACCUCUUUUUCAUCUCAUGACGCGCCUCUAAUCGAGCGCUGGAGCAAAGGUGCGGCCGUUUGGCGACAUCUUGCGGCUCCGAGGCGCAAAGCCAAGCGGCUGAACUCCAAACGGUCAAAGAGAAAAGACUCACCAGUCCGACUGCACAGAAAGUGUCUGAGGAUGCACUCCAAGCUUCAUCACCCCAAAACUCCCAAAAAAGAAGUGAUGCAGACUGUACAAUAAAUGCUGUACAAUAAAGGCUUGCGUGCAUGCAUUUAGCUGUAACUAAUGUAAAAUACAUGGAA